UAGAUGAUAGAUGUUUGUGUCUAUAUAACCACACGCUUAUCGCCCUCUCAGUCACUCACACACACUCACUCACACAGAGAGGAGAAGAAACACAAGAGAGAGAGGAAUGGCGAAAUCACCAGAAGUAGAGCACCCACAAAAGGCUUUUGGCUAUGCUGCCAGAGAUGGCUCUGGAUUCCUCACACCUUUCCAUUUCUCUCGAAGGGAAAAUCGUGAUGAGGAUGUUACUGUCAAAAUCCUCUACUGUGGAAUUUGUCACUCGGACUUGCAUUCUGCGAGGAAUGAAUGGGGUUCUGCCACUUAUCCUAUGGUUCCAGGGCAUGAAAUUAUAGGAGUUGUGACCAGAAUUGGGAAAGGUGUGAAGAAAUUCAAAGUGGGGCAAAGGGUUGGGGUCGGAGUCAUGGUGGGUGCAUGCAAGUCUUGCGAGACCUGCCACCAGAACUCAGAGAAUUACUGUCCUGAGAUAGUAUUUACCUAUAACUCUAUCAACUUUGAUGGGACAAAAACUUAUGGUGGUUAUUCUGAUAUGAUUGUUGUGGAUGAACACUUUGUGCUAAGCAUCCCUGAGAGCCUGCCGUCUGAUGCUGCUGCACCGCUGCUAUGCGCGGGGGUCACAAUAUACAGCCCGAUGAAAUAUUAUGGAAUGACUGAGCCUGGGAAGCACUUGGGGAUUGCAGGACUUGGUGGACUUGGUCAUGUUGCUGUGAAACUUGGUAAGGCCUUUGGGUUGAAAGUCACUGUUAUUAGCUCAUCCCCAGAUAAGAGGAGUGAAGCAAUUGAUAGGCUUGGGGCUGAUGGCUUCAUUGUUACCAAAGACCCUGCACAAGUGAAGGAAGCCGUGGGUACGAUGGAUUACAUCUUUGACACAAUUUCUGCAGUUCAUGCCCUGACUCCACUUCUUGAUAUGCUGAAGACUAAUGGAAAGCUAGUCACUUUGGGCUUGCCUGAGAAGCCUCUAGAUCUGACUAUCUUUCCCUUAGUUUUGGGGCGAAAGCUUGUGGGAGGAAGUAACAUAGGAGGGAUCAAGGAUACCCAGGAUAUGCUAGAGCUUUGCGCAAAGCACAACAUCACUGCAGAUAUUGAAUUAAUCAAGAUACAAGAUGUGAACACAGCCAUGGAUAGGCUUGCCAAAGGUGAUGUCAAGUACCGAUUUGUGAUUGAUGUGGGCAACUCUUUGUCACAGUAGAUCUGCUGCUUUGAAGGUGUUGAUGGGAUUUGGUUUCUCUCCCAAUUUGACAAGUAUAGAUGAGAAUAAGUUUUGAGAGUUAUUACUACUACUGUGCUGUGUGUGUGGUAAUAUACUGAUAAACAUCAAGCUAAUGCUUUUGCUUUGCGGUACUUGUGAUUAUGUUAUUUCAGUUUGUUUUGUUAAUCUGAGAAACUGCUUAUGUAAUAUGUAAUUGUGUGGUCUUUUCUUAUGGGCUUUUAGGUCCCGUUUGGGAGAACGGAUGGGAAAUGGCAGCGGAUAUGCUGCUGUUUCCGCUCAAAAAUUUAAUGAUGCUAAUAUCUAUUGAGAGUAUUUUUAUUACAAA